AUGUGGCGAGACCGGACCAACCUCUUCAUAUCCUACCGCCAGUCCUAUUCGCACCACCCCCAGAAGAAGACGCGCUAUGGCGGAUCUAGCACGAAUGGCUUCGGCGACGGCAGACGCAUGUCGGAGGAGCGGCAGGGGCUGAUGUCCAGCGGUGCCUAUGAAGACGAUGGCGACGCGGUGAUUGAGAUGGACCUGCUGCCGCCGCGCUGGCUGGAUGUGCAGGACGAGAUCACAGAUCAGCUCGCGGAGAUAGCGAAACAGACGCGCCGACUCGACCAGCUGCAUCAGAAGCACAUACUUCCGGGCUUCGAUGACGAGGACGUGAAGAAGCGAGAAGAGCGCGAGAUCGAACAGCUCACACAAGAGAUCACACGGGGCUUCCAGAGGUGCCAGCAGGCGAUCAAGAGGAUAGAGACGAUGGUGCGCGAAGCGAAGCAGCAGGGAAAUAUCAAUCAGGGCGAAGAAGUUAUGGCACAAAACUUGAAAAUAUCCCUGGCCACAAGAGUUGGCGAAGUGAGCGCGAUGUUCCGCAAGAAGCAAUCUGCGUACUUGAAGAAAUUGAAAGAUCUCGGUGGCUUUGCUUCACCCUUUAGGUCUUCCACGCCAAUGCAGAACCCGUACAACGAUCCGGCAAUGCAAGAAUCAGACGCCGACCGCUCAUUCGCGCAAUCGACAUCUCUCCAGACGAAACAGCAACGCAUGCGUCAUGAUCCCAAUGAAGCCUUGAUUGCACAGCGCGAGCGCGAGAUCGAGGACAUUGCACAGGGCAUCAUUGAGCUGGCGAACAUCUUUCAGGAACUGCAGACCAUGGUAAUUGACCAGGGCAGUAUGCUUGACCGCAUUGACUACAAUGUAGAGAACAUGAAUAGAGAUGUGAAAGAGGCCGAUAAAGAGCUCAAGGUGGCCUCGGGCUACCAGAGGCGAACUAUCAAGAGGAAGAUCAUGCUACUGCUCGCAAUUCUGAUCGCGGGUGUCUUCAUUCUGCUCUCAUUGAAGUUGGGUACCAGAAGUAGUACUUCACCAGCGCCAGCAAUUCCAGACGAAGAUCCACCGAUGGUAGUGUUACGGACCAAACGUCAAGCUAUGGCGUUGGCGACAAGUCGCAACUGGCACCGGCGAAAAAGACGUUUAUGGAAUGGCUUUACAGAAGAUGCACUUGGUGUUUGA